GUUUAGUUUAUUAGGUCAGUUACGGUGAGCCAUUUUUCCAAUUUUUUCCUGUGACGCGCUUCGGACUUGAACGGGCGUAGCUACCGAGGGAGCCAUCGUCUAGACUUGCACUACAUACGGCUCUUGGUAUAUGAUGGCAAACAAAUUGAUUAGGGCUCUGUUCGUAUACAGUUUGGCUUUGAUUUAUGGCUUUAUGGUAUGUUUAGUUAUAUUGUUGAGAGCUAUUUGGAACCUUGAAAUACCGACAAGGGGAAAGCGACGAGAAAAACGUAAGUAUCAAUCGGUGAAUUUGCACCGGUUCAGCGAACCUGAUCUGUUGUGCAGUAUUGUACGUGUAUAUCUGAUGUCAAUUCGGUCAGGUUUUUGCGUUUAGUAGUGCUCACUACAGCAGGGACCCUUCGAACUAUUAGCUUUACAUCAAUUUAUGCGAAAUUCAAGCUGCUGGCUAAUUUGCUUCCCCUUCCGGCGGUCCUGUGGCUGUGGAAUCGACUUGUAAGCGAAACGACCCGUUUCCUGUGGCAGCUGUCCUCAUUUAAGAGGUACGAAGAAAGGAAAACGCGCGACCUAGCUGUCAGCUAAGCUCACGUUCUUUUGCUUGUUGAACGUUGUAUAUUAAAAUAUACAAAGUUAAAAAAAAUGGAAUGACCCUCACGCGAUACAAACUGCUUAUCUACAAAAUACAGGGCAAUUUUCUAAGUAUAUUCCUUUGGGCGGUACCCUGCGAGCAGAGGGUUCGCAUGGCUUUUAGCGUUUACCAAGUCAGUGGCGUAGUAGGUUUGUUUACGCGCUGAAAACCUCUGCAGCGAGCCGCUUGUUAUUUGCGUUGUGCAUGUGUUACGAGUUAGCGAGAAGAGGAAUAUUUAGUUCGCUGACUAAACGUAAGGAACGCAGCAGGGUUUUCGGAACAGUGACAGACAGGAUGAGUUAUAGUUAUUCCAAAAAUGAACGUGGCAUCACAACGGCAUCUCUACGACAUAACUCACAACUCUGGACUUGUAAACAAUGAACACGGCCUCCGCCAAAAACUGAACCCACGAACCUGAUCGAAACGAGUGUUCUUGUUUAUAUGCGAAGUCGAGUUCUAGAACGUUCGAACAGGUCUAAUAAUAGUACGCUCACUGAGCUCCUAAAAUAAACAAUCUGAGAAUAGUCAUGCAAUGUCACGCUAGUCACGGUAGACAAUUUUUCGCAACAUAACCCCCUCUUGAGAAGAACUUCCUAAAUUUCUAAUUAUACAACAGAAAAAUUGUUAAAUUGAUGGCUUCUACCUUGAAAUUGUACCUUUGUAGGAACAUCACCCAUCGCAUGAGUUGUGCAUUAGCAUAUCUUGCGCUGUCCAUUUACUUUAAGUAUUUAACGGUUAGUGGACUGUCUGCAACACAUAUGGUACUCCAUACGAGUAUAAAUGAAAUCUCUUGAUUCCCCACAUAAUCACAAUUAAGUCACUCUUUCUCGAUUGUACAUGUAGAGUCGUUGCACAUCGCGCUUAACAAUUUCUUGCUGGCUAAUGACUGUAAAGGAGUUGAUGUUUUCAUGAUCAUUUCUGUACAGCUCCUUCAUGCCUUCUUGACCCUGAGCUUGGUGAACACCAUUUCCUGAGAACAGCAUCAAAUAUCAGGAUCCAUUAUGUUGCUAAAGGAGACACAGGCAAACCACUUAUGCUGUGUCUUCAUGGGUUCCCUGAGGUAAUGUUAACAAUGCUGUUUCUGUUUGUUUUCACAGCCUCUGCAUCCAUAGAUGUUUAAUAAAUGUACAUUAAAACUACCAAAAAGUUAAAAAAGGUGACUUGCCAUUUCAGGUCUAUACUAGCUAGCCUGCACCACAAAACAAAUGAAUCAAAACUUUGGUUAAGUCUGUCUGUGAAACAGCACCAAAGUCUUUGUUCUGGGUUCCACACCAGGAUUUGAGUACACGACAUGAUAAUGGCCUGUUGAAAAAGUCAUUGUAGAUUUGCCAAUCCGAGUAUGAAAGAAAAUUUGAAACACGUUUCUGAAACUUUGUAGAGUCUGUUGGGGGCACAGAACAUUAGGAUCUGGGUGCUGCUUUGCAGACAUUACUAACUGAGGUUGAAUUGCAUCUGCAUGGCACAGGCUUACAGGUCUACAGCUACAAGGGUUUACUUGUUACGAUGUAUAACAGAUUUAAAUAGGAUAUGAGUUAGUGAGCAAAUUGCUUAAUAGACACUGUAAAUUAAUAUUAAUAUACUGGCCUUAAGAACCACUGACCCUGUUUUUCUGUUUUAAAUAUUAAAAUCACUUUGCAGUUUUGGUAUUCCUGGCGAUAUCAGCUGAAAGCCUUUAGUGAUAAUUUCUGGGUGGUUGCAGUGGAUUUGAGGUACUCCAAAAACUAUAAUCAUUUAUUAUUAAAAGCCUAAGAAAAACGUCACAUCAAGAAUUUUCUCUGGCAGUGCCCUCCGGUGCCUGGCACUCUUAGGCAACAAGGAAAUGUUGGUUUUUUUCAUGCAAAACACUAUACUCAACACACUGGAUUUCAUAGAUUU